UAUGCAGUGUUUCGUUUGGAAAUUUCUCAAAGCCAGAAAGAAAACAGGGGAUUGCGGAGGAAACUACAGCUACUGGAACUGAAGGUGGCACGGGAGCGCGCAGAGAGGACAACGCGAGAGCGCGUCCUCGCCAGUCGUCCCAGUAGUGUCAAGCUCAUUGACCGAUACAGAGGAAUGGCAAGAGGUGAAGGGCAUCUCACUGGAGGCCAUUGGAACUUUGUGAAGCCAGCAGGACACAAUACAUGGAGCGAUGACCAACCAAUCACUGUUGAUGAGGGCAGUGGAACCUCAACCCAGCAUGUUAUCGUGAUAGAGUCUGCAGAGGCUGCAGGUCCUGGGGUCAAGCUGGAGAAGUCUGAAGGAGAGGAGGACCCACGGCACAGCAGAGACAUCCAGACUGGAGCGGCUGGAGCUCCCCCUGUAGUCACGGAGGACCCCACCACCGCCCCAGCACCGCCUAGGACCCAACGCAGCAUCACGGAGGCCAGUGGAACGCCGGAGGUUAGUGGAACGCCGAACGCCGUCCUCAAGUCCGAAACAGACAUCGAGACUUUAACGGGGCUGGGUCGACUGGGCUGUCCCCCUGCUCCCCUCUCAGAGCAUUUACUUUAUGGUAACUCGAGCCCGAGGACGGUUCUGUCCCAACGGGACCCAAGUGACUCGUUACAGACUGGCAAUGAUCCGUCCUGUUCAUAUGCUACAGAGACAGAGAUGAUACCUGGUGACAUGCCUGUGGGCUUAGAUACACAGACUAAUCCAAUGAGAGGGGACUGGAACCGGUACAGUAGUAGUGUAUACUCUGAAGGGUGCCUAGAUAAGAAAGGGGAGGGUCUGGUCGUAGAUGAGGUGACUGUGAAAUUGGAGGGCGACAUUCCUCUGACAUGGAAUGCAGACGAUACUCAGUUAGGAGAAGGACACUUGCAGGGCAACACUAGUGACUUCUUAGAUUACAGGGAAAGCUUAGAGACAAAUCUAAAUGUUGCGACCCACUCCCCUUUACAUGCGUUCAGGGACCGCGACCCAGUGUCUACGUCGAUGGCACCUUCCGAUUCACACGGCCACGUCCUUUUCGAUCAGGUAUUGAACUCAAACGAUAGGGCUAGAGCCAAGGCUCAUGGUGGGGGAGCAACAUCAUCAGGCAAUAGUAAGGAGAAACGGUUCCUCUGCAUGUUCUGUAACAAAGGCUUCAGCUGCUCACAGAAGGUGGAGAUCCACCAGAGGGUCCACACAGGGGUAAAACCCUUCAGCUGUACCCAGUGUCACAUGCGCUUCGCCCAAGCUGGCACCCUGAAGAGGCACCAUAGGGUCCACACAGGGGAGAAACCAUUCAGCUGUACCCAGUGUCACAUGCGCUUCGCCCAGGCUGGCGACCUGAAGAGGCAUCAGAGGGUCCACACGGGAAAGAGGCCCUUCGCCUGUAUGCACUGCGGGAAGAGGUUCUCAGAGAGGAGUUGCCUCAGGAUACACCAGCAGAAAAACCAUCCUACUCUAUAACAUAGAAAGUAACCUUUCCACUCGUUAGACGUUUAGAUCAAACCCUGCAUUAAAGACAAAGAUUAAUUGUUAUUGUUGGCAGCAGAAAAGAUCCACAAAUGAAUUUGGAAUAACGAGAGUAACAGAUUUCAGUGUUGAAUAUUCCUGGGUAGAAUAUUGCAUCCAGACAUUGUGUGAUAUAUAAGGCAUAUAUUAGCCUAAAAUGUCUGUUACAUAGUGUUUGUACUGUGUAGGCUAUAUGAUGUUCACAAAUGCCUCUUUCAUUACUUCCAUUCAACUACUUAAUUUUUUUCCCCCAAGACACUUUUAAUGAGAAAAUGAAUGCAGUUUAUCAAGUACAUGCAGAUUUUUUGUUGAGACGUGUAUGUGUGGUUUUCAUAUGGUGUAAUUUAAAACUUGAUUGUCUAAUAAACACAAAAUGGGACUUUUCAUUCCAAGACUUUCAUUGAUACUCUCUUUAGUAUACAUCACAUCUGAUCUCACCCUAUUCUGCAUACACCCAACAGCGCUUUAUAACCAUUAUACACUUACUAAAUAUACCUACACAUACCCACACACACUUUCAAACACCUACUGUACAUGUCAAAAUAGUUUAUUGACUUAUCAUAGGUGACUCAUAUUUACCCACAACAUCGUAUUUAUGUCCACCAUGAUGGGUUUAACAACAAUGAAGUCAUUCUGUAACUACAAUAUAGGACUCAAAUGUAGUGGGGAUGGGUAAACACUCCAUGUUGAAAGUAUGUUUAUUAUCUGUGUGUGUACGUACCUGAGGGGGUGUACGUCUGUGUA